AUGCCCAGCCUUUCCCAAGAGUGCCUCGAAGGGCAUCUUCCAGGGCAGGCUACCUGGACACAAUUGCUGCCCCUGUUCAGAGCAGAGGGAGAUUAUAAUCUCAGAAUUCACCAAGCCGCAGAACAUACAGGGGACUCUCAGGCUGGGACUGUUGUCAAGCCUGUGGGAUCCGAGAGGACUGAGAUGCGGAUGCAGCAGAUGUGCAGCGGAAGUGAGACCCAGGGCUCCAUCCAAAGCCAGCAGGGCACGGGGAGCCAUGGCUCCAAUGCCUGCUGCUUUUGCUGGUGCUGCUGCUGCAGCUGUUCUUGCCUCACUGUCAGAAACCAGGAAGACCAGAGACCUGGAAGAGCCGCCUAUGAACUCAGGACAGACAUUCCAGCAUGUGAGGAAAGCCCCACUCCCACUCUGGAAGAAGUCUGCGCCUGGGCCCAGUCCUUUGAUAACCUAAUGGUCACUCCAGCUGGAAGAAACGCAUUCCGGGAAUUCCUCCGGACGGAGUUCAGCGAGGAAAACAUGCUUUUCUGGAUGGCCUGUGAGGAGCUGAAGAGGGAAGCGAAUCAAAGCGCCAUCGAAGAGAAAGCCAGGAUAAUCUACGAAGACUACAUUUCUGUUCUGUCUCCUAAAGAGGUCAGCUUGGACUCCCGAGUUCGGGAAGGCAUCAACAGAAACAUGGUGGAUCCAUCCCAGCACAUAUUUGAUGAUGCCCAGCUUCAGAUUUACACCCUCAUGCACAGAGACUCCUAUCCCCGCUUCAUGAACUCCACAGUCUACAAGGAUUUGCUGAAGUCCUUAGCUGAGAAAGCAGUGGAGGCAUAG